AUGGUACUGGAUGAUGCGUGGAACCGAACAACUCAAUUAUCUGGCCAUGCUGGCGUAUUGCCUGUCCACAUCACGGCGUUUAUUUUGGCCAUUGCAAAUUUUCUUUUAAACAGUUUCAUUUGUCUUGCAUUUUGCCAGCAUCGUUACCUAUUCAACAAAUGUCAUUUGUAUAUAUUUUUUGCAUUUGCUAUGACUAAUUGUUGGUCAGAGUUUACAGGUUUUUUCUCCCAACCAACUUUAAUCAACUUAUUCCUGCAUAACAAUUUAAACUGUCCGCGAUGGACAAUUAUGAUUGGUUCAGUUUUUGAAAUCGGAUUAGAUAGACUGCGUAAGAUUCUAACGAUUGGCAUAGCAGUUGAAAGAUUAUGUGCAGUAUACCUUCCAUCGCGUUGCUACCUAAUGGAUCAUUACAAAUUUGCUUCACGUUUUUGUAUUCUUGGUUCCGUUUGGGGGUUUUGUGAUUCCCUAGCAAUGUCUCUUGAGGACAGCAUAUAUGAAGUACGUAUGCACUGUGUUACAACUGCGUCAUCAGGCCCAUAUUUCCACGCAUACUUUUUAAUUUCAAGCAUAAUUAUGGGUGCUGUUUUGCUCAUCACAUAUUCAUUUUUCGUUAUCAAACUUAGUCUCAUGACUGAAUCCCUGACUAUUUGCCGCAAUAACUUGCGUGCUCAGGCAAUACGGGAAAAUAACCGUCAGGUAUAUUAUUUGCUGCAUAAAACUCGUUGCCAACAAACAAUACAUUUAUUCAAAAAUGAACAAUCCAUUUUUCUUAAUUUUUACUAUUCUUCCGAUUUUUCAUACUUUCAUUUAAAGAUUAUCUUUAUGGAUGCGGGACCCGUUAUUACUAUUGGUAAUCAUUUAUACGGCUGUAGUAGUUUUUUUAUAUAUAAUUGGCGACACAGGGAUAUUCGGUCAGCAAUUAUGUAA